AAAAUGAACUCUGGGAAUUUGAUAAUAGGAUUAUUAUUCUUAUCAGAGAGUACAAUGGGAAUAUUGGGAAACGUUUCUCUUCCUUUUAACUAUCUGGUCUUUUACCAAAAGAAGAAGAAGUUAAAGCCCAUGGAUUUGAUUCUCAUGCACCUAAUCAUGGUCAACUCCUUAAUCAUUCUCUUUAAAGGAUUGCCCAACACAGUGGCAGCUUUUGGUUUGAAACAGUUCUUCAAUUAUUGGAACUAUCAGUUUUUUCUGUAUGUUCUUAGAGUUUUCAGGAGCAUGUCCAUUGUUACCACCUGCCUCUUGAGUGUCUUCCAGGCCAUCACCAUCAGUCCUAGAAACUCCUGCUGGAAGAACCUUAAAGUCAAGUCUCCAAGGGACAUUGGUCUCUACAUUUCUGUUUGCUGGGUCUUUUACAUCAUGGUAAAUGUCAUUUUCCCAGUGUAUGUAUCCAUAAAAUUUAAUAGGAAAAACAAAACAAAAGAGACAGAAUUUGAACACCAUACAUCUGUAGGUCAUGACAAAGUCACAGUCUCCUCUUAUAUAACUUUCUUUGUGUUUCCAGAACUUCUGUUUUCUGUCCUUAUCACUUGGUCUAGCAGCUCAAUGAUUGUCAAUCUGUACAGCCACAAGCAGCGGGUCCAAUACAUCUACAGCACUCAUGUUUCCCACAGAAGAUCCAUGGAGUCCAGAGCAACCCAGAGCAUCCUGGCCCUAGUUUCUACCUUUCUGGUUUUUUAUACCUUCUCUGCAAUCUUGCAUGGCUGUACUGCUCUACUAUAUAGUAACAAUUCAUGGUUGGUGAACAUCACAGCAAUCAUAACUCUGUGUUUUCCCACAUUGAGCCCCUUCAUUCUUAAGAGUCAGGACUCUACUGUGUCCAGGACCUGCUUUAUCUGGAUAAAGGGUGCAAAAUUCCCAAUGUCAUUAUAA